AUGGCCGGACUACCUCGGAGCCAGCGAGCCGAAUACCAGAAGCAGGACAGCUGUGGUAGUGGGCAUCGUACUGGUGUUCACAGCUGCCCCAAACAGAGCAGCUUGCUAGGGCUGUCAUCAGUCACCAAGAGCAAUGGACUACUCAAUAUCACCUUCAAAUAUGACAACUGCACGCCUUAUCUGAAUUCAGUGGGAAAACACGUGAUUGGAGAUGUGCAGAAUAUAACUAUCAGUCAGUAUGCAUGUUAUGAACAGGUUGCAGUGUCAAUACUUUGGACAGCAAAUGCCAUCGGGAUCGAAUACCUGAAAGGAUUUCGAGUAAUACUUGAAGAGUUAAAAUCAGAGGGAAGACAAUGCCAGCAGAUGGUUUUAAAAGAUCCAAAGCAGCUCAGCCCCAGUUUUAAACGAACAGGAAUGGAAUCCCAGCCCUUUGUAAAUCUGAAGUUUGAAACAGAUUACUUUGUAAAGAUUGUUCCUUUUCCUUCAAUUAAAAAUGAAAGUAAUUAUCACCCAUUUUUCUUCCGAACUCGACCAUGUGAAUUGUUGCUACAGCCAGAAAACCUUGUCUGCAAACCUUACUGGAAGCCAAGGAGUCUGAAUGUUACCCAGCAGGGUUUUAACAUGCAAGUGUCCUUUGAUCAUGCACCUCACAACUUUGGGUUUAGAUAUUACUUUCUUCACUACAAACUUAAGCAUGAAGGGCCAUUUAAGCAAAAGACCUGCAAGCAGGAGCAAAACACAGAUACUACAAGUUGUGUUCUUCAGAAUGUAUCUCCAGGGGAUUAUAUAAUUGAGCUGGUUGAUGACACUAAUACAACAAGGAAAACAAUGCACUAUGCACUAAAACCAGUACAUUCUCCGUGGGCUGGACCGAUAAGAGCCAUUGCCAUUACAGUCCCGUUAGUUGUCAUUUCAGCAUUUGCAACGCUUUUCACAGUGAUGUGCCGCAAGAAGCAGCAAGAAAAUAUAUAUUCCCAUCUAGAUGAGGAGAGCUCAGAAUCUUCAGCAUAUGCUGCAGGUCUCCAUGUGGAAAGACUUCGUCCCCGGCCAAAAGUGUUCAUCUGCUAUUCCAGUAAAGAUUGCCAGAAACACAUUAACGUCAUCCAGUGCUUUGCUUAUUUUCUGCAGGACUUCUGUGGCUGUGAGGUGGCUCUAGAUUUGUGGGAAGAUCUAAAAAUUUGUAAAGAAGGUCAGAAGGAGUGGCUUAUUAAAAAAAUAAAUGAGUCCCAGUUUAUCAUCAUUGUGUGUUCCAAGGGAAUGAAAUACUUUGUUGAAAAAAAGAACUGGAAACACAGAGGGGUAACCAAAGAUGCAGGAAAAGGAGAACUCUUUCUGUUUGCUGUGUUGACUGUUGCAGAGAAGCUUCGUCAAGCAAAGCAGAAUUCAAAUGACCUCUGCAAGUUCAUUGCAGUCUACUUUGAUUACUCUUGUGAAGGAGACAUCCCUGGUAUUCUGGAUCGUAGUACAAAAUACAAACUCAUGGACAAUCUUCCUCAGCUGUAUUCACAUUUACACUCCAGAGACCUUAGCGUACAGGAUUCAGAAGUGUUUCCUGUUAACAUUAGUAAAAGGAAUUAUUUCAGGAGCAAAUCGGGGAGGUCCCUUUAUGUUGCCAUUUGCAAUAUGCAUCAGUUCAUCGAUCAGGAACCAGAUUGGUUUGAGAAACAAUUUAUUCCCUUCCCUCCACCUUCUUUACAUUACUCGGAGCCUGUAAUGGAAAAAUUUGAUUCAGGCUUGGUUUUAAAUGACUUGGUGAAUAAACAGGUGAUGGAUGGCGAUUUUUACCUGAAAACAGAUGUAAAUAUUAUUUCAGCUGGCAAUUCAGACUCUCACUGUAUAAUUCAGCACUUAAACCUCGGAGAAGAUAUAGAAACUCAGGACAAUCAAGGUGGUGGCAGCUCUGUUCUUCAGCCAUUGUUACAUGUUGUUAAAGCUUCAAAUCUUAAAGAUAUGCCUCGAGAUUCUGGAAUCUAUGAUUCGUCUGUUCCUUCAUCUGAAUUAUCUUUACCUUUAAUGGAAGGACUAUUGACAGACCAAACUGAAACCUCUUCCAUUACAGGAAGUGUUUCUUCAUCAUCAGGUUUAGGGGAAGAAGAACCUCCUGUAAUCACUGCUACAAAAUUCUUAGUACCUGGAAUAUGUAAAGCAGAACUUCACUGCCAUAUCCAUGCUGAUGAACUGCAGGCAAUUGCUCCUUUAUAAUACAUUACAACAUUGUUAUGCAUUGCCACUUUAUCAACAGCCUCUGUUUGUGCUUUAACUACCACAGUGUCUCAGCACUAAAUCUACUUGAAGCAACAAAUACUCUCUGAAGAAGAUCUGCUAUUCCCAAGGCAUUUUUUUAUGGCCAGUAAACUUGCAUCUGUUGGUCUUUAUAAAAGUCUUUCAUAAUUUGAAAAAUGCAGUGUGGAAAAUAGAUAAGAAUACAUUCAAAAUUAUUCCUAUUGCUAAUUUAAAUGUCAUGAUAUUAUACUGCUUACAGAUGCCAUAAUCAAAAUUGACUUUUUUUGCUAGAAGUAAUCUUGUAGCUGGACAUAAAAUAGCUUGGAACAUUAAGUCUUACUAAAUUUUGUAGUCCAGCCUCUAGUUUUAAGUGCUGACAUACUUGAUGUAGUGAAUGAGAGCAGGAUUUUAUUUUCAGAAGAUAAAAUGCCAAAGGUGAGAUCAAGAAAUUCUCCAUCAGAAGAAAUAAUUUUCUUUUAGAAAUGUUUGAGCUCCUUUCCUCAGUCUCCUCUCCCAAAUGUUAAUGUGUCUCAGUAUUUAAUUUUGGAUAAAUGCAUAUCUCCCUUUUCUGUAUGGUUCUCCUAUCUCUUCCCCACAAUCUGGCUAUGAUGACUCACAAAUAGUACCACACUGAGUGUGAAGUAUCGUUUUUAUAAUAGACAAAAAUAUAGAUUCUGCAUAUGCUGAGCGAUACCAUGGAAACCAAGUUUCUUGUUUUCUUCCUGGAAGGCCUAAUAUAAAGAACAUUUAAAAGAGAUGGGGUAAGGAAGACCAAAUUUUGUAUUUAAGACAUAAUUCUGGAUUUGUUCAGCCAUGAGACGAGUAUGCUUUAUGGGGGAUUUCAUAUUAUCUUUCAAGGACAUGCUGCUACAAAAUCAUCUGGGCUAAAACAAGAGAAGCAGUUAACAGGCAUGAAUACUUUGCUUUGUUUUGAGCCAACCAGUUGACAGAAGCUUAUGAGUUAUUUUGCAGUUAUUUUUCAUGCUACUUAUCAUUACUUAGUUAUUAAGACAGUAUAAUAUUACUACUGUUACAUUAA